CCUGUAAUUCAAUUAGUAACUCUGACUCUCACACAAAAAGAAUUUUAAAAAACUUUCAAAAGUGCUAAGAAGAUGUCACCGAUAUGGUCCUCGUCAGAAAGGCCGAUUUCUGUAAAAACAGUCUGGGUGGAUGGAAUUCGACACGCUAUUCUUUCUCACGAUGAUCCUUUCUUGAAUAUUAAAUCACGCAAAAGACCGCAAACUUCAGUCACGAAGAACAAAGACUAUCCGAAUAAGUUUGAGCCUUCCAAAUCCAAUUCAGAAAACAUCGAAAACUUCUUGAACAAGAAUUUCUUAAACUUGAGAGUCGCGGUGGAGAAGAAACAACCUGAAAAGAAACUUGAACAAAAUUUGAUUAGAGGACAGUCUGCUCCUUGCUCAAAAACGUCAAGUUCGAGGCAUUCAGAUCUCCAAAUAAAUAGUAUUUUGAAUUUAAUGAAGAAUUUAAAACAAGAAAUAAAAGACAAAACCAAUUAUUUAUAUGAGGAAGAUUUAUUUCAAUCAGAUACGCUCCUUAGUUUGAGAAAACUUUUUGACGAUGAUUUCGAUGAGAAAAUCCCUCUUAAAAAAAAGCCAUCUAGAAUUUCCUCUAGUAUUAAUCGUGAUUCGAACGAAAGUAAAUCUGAUUUAACCGAUUCGAAGGAACUUGAGGAAGGCCAGUCGAAUUAUCUGUCAGAAAGAGUACUUCAGUGGCUGGAUUUGUCUGGUAAAGUUCGAAAUUACAAAAACGAGAAAGUGGUGUCAUCAAAAGAGUUGCAAAAACUUAAAGAGAAUAGUGGAGUGAAUUUUAUUAGGAAAAACAUCUCAGCUUCGAUAUCUAAUCAAAGUUAUAACCUUGAGGAAGAAGAAAAAGAGAUGGAAACUAUGAAGAAAAGAAUGAAGAGAAGGCUUUUUAAAACAAAAGAUUUUCAGGAUACGGUUUCUGUAGGGGAAUUUGAAUCACAAUGUUUUGAGGAUUUGCUCAAGGCUGAUUUAGAAAACAGAGGAGUAAUAUCAAAAGUGGUAAAUACAGAAAAAGAGGCGACUUGGACGCCACCUAGGAAACGCGAGUUGCAUAUUUUCAUGCCUUCUUUGAAAUCCGCUGACAUAUAUUCUUCUCAAGAAUCGUUAUUAUACGACUAAAGUAAAAUAAUGUGUGACAAUAAUUUGUUUUUUUAUAAUAAAAGUGAAAAAGAAUAAAAUUAAUAACGAUAUCUUUGCACAAAUGAUAUAUUUUUGAUUAUUGAAAUUAAAGAGAGCUUUAAGUUGAAGAAAAAUAGAUUGAAUGUAUAUUUCGAUAUUCUGUGGAUUAGACUGAAAAAAAUUGUGAUGAUCGAUAGAUGUCCGAAAUUCUCAACGCGUUAUAAAAAAAGACAAUUGGCAGUUAACGGAAAAGAUGUUUCAUUGAUCUGUUCUUUGCGAAUAAUUUCCUGUAAUUUCAGGAGAAAAUGACAGUUCCCAAGCAUGUGUUUA